AUGGCUAGACGCCUCUAUUCGACGGCCGUGACCAUCACGGAUCCUCUCGUCAAAUACCAGACCGCUGUAGCUGCGGGAGUCUAUGCGCCUGACCCAGCUCAGCAUCGCCUCGCGCUUCACCUCCGCAAGAUAUACCUACGAAUCAAAGACUACUCACCGCAGACGGAAUAUCGAGAGCGGCUACGUCAGGUUGCCAAACUCACGCAAAUUGGUUUCACCGAGCCUGAGGAUGGUACUGGGGUCCUGGCUAGGAGAAACCACUCCAUCUGGAGGAACCCUCUUUUCACGCACCUCCUUACUUCGCCUGAGGGCAGGACCAGCACAGCGUUGACGAGGGUACUCUCCAGCCACGAGACAGCCAUAGAGAUCAACUCGCCGAAAGGGCUCUUUCUCUCGGGCGAAGUAGGGACCGGUAAAUCAAUGCUCCUGGACCUGCUAGCAGAAGGUCUACCCACCGAGAAAAAGCGACGAUGGCAUUUCAACACCUUCAUGCUGUAUACCUUUUCGCAACUCGAUAGUCACCGGAAAAUGACACCAGUGGACGAAGACGGAGUGGAAUACUCGUUACUGUGGAUGGCGAAGAAGCUCGUCGACGAAUCUCCGAUCCUAUUCCUGGACGAGUUCCAGUUGCCAGACCGAGCAGCAAGCAAGAUACUCAGUCACCUUUUCAUCGCUUUUUUCCAGCUUGGUGGUGUUCUGAUCGCAUCCUCGAACCGUAUGCCCGAGGAACUACAAAAGGCCACUGGGGCGGACUACACGCCAGCCCCCAGUCGAGGCCUCAUCCGCAGAAUCUUUGGGGACUCAGCUCGGCCAAAGGGCGAGCUGUUUGGUUCCAGUAGCGAUUUCGGCAACUUCUUGGAAGUUCUCAAGGCGCGUUGCGACUUCUGGCAAAUGGAGGGGGCACGGGACUGGCGGAGGAGGGAGGAAGACGAAAUUCUGGCCAAACCUGAUGGCGAAGAUGCUGCACAGCCACCAAGCGUAAACGAGAUCGGUACACCCAGUGAAUCCCAAGCCCCCGAAGAAGAUAUCGCAAGCAGAAAGAAGCCUCGACACUUCUUCCUGGCAAGCGGAGAAGAGGCCGAGAGCUGGGAUCGGUGUAUCAAAGGGGCUGUCGGCGUGCAGCCAGGGGAAGAAAUCCCGUGGGAACCUUCCUCAGUCGUGGUGUACGGACGCAGAGUCAACACACCCAUGCACUUCAAUGGGUGCGUCUUCUGGAGCUUCAGUGACCUGGUCGAGUCCUUUGGGCCGGCGGACUACAUCACCAUGGCGUCUACAUACCACACCUUCAUCAUCGACCGUGUCCCUGUUCUUACAAUUCUCCAAAAGAACGAGGCCCGGCGCUUCAUUACGCUGUUGGACGCGCUAUAUGAGGCACGUUGUAAACUAGUUGUUCGAGCGGAACAGCCGCCGGACAACUUGUUUUUCCCCGAGAGGAGGCGGCUAGCAAAGAAGGAUGCUGACGGCAAAAUAUCGGACGAGGAUGCUACCUAUUCUGAGACAAUCGCCGAAGUCUAUCAGGACACAACCUCACCCUUCAGGCCCAACGUCUCCUACUACGACACACCAUCGACGACUUCUCAGUACGAUCCAGACCAGGACUCUGACUCUAGUUCGCAGAAGACGCCGGUGGACUUUGGUAACACGAGUGCUUUCACGGGCGAGGAUGAACGAUUCGCCUACAAGCGAGCCACCUCGCGCCUUUGGGAGCUGUGCGGUGCGCAAUGGCAUGCACGCACCGGCGACUGGUGGCAGCCCUUGCCCGUCGAGGCGCGCCACUGGGAAGGUGGGCAGCUCUCGUCGCCCAAAAGGGGGAUCGAGAGCAUGACCAAGCCCAGUGUGGGCGAGGGCAUGGGACGAAGCGUCGACAUUGAGGAGCCAGCAGGUCUCUCGCGGUGGCGAGUAGAAGAUCUGAAACGACAGCAGGAACAGAGCGAGAAGGCAUAA